AUACAAUGAACUGAUUCAUUUAACCUAUUCAUCAAUCAAAUCAUUAGUUGAUUUUGCUUGCUAAAGUCAAGAAUGUGUUGACUUUGAUCGCAUAAUAUGGUUUCGGUGCAAAAACCAAUUUGAUCAGAGAGAGGGAGAUGGGGAAGCUGAGUUCACAACCUGAACCUACAAUCAACCAUCUCAGCCAUCCACAUCCCUUGCAGCUCUACAACUAUCAACCCCUACAAACCCUAAACCUAGCUUCAUGUUCAGGCUGCAAGCUCAAUGUUGCAGGAUGGGUAUACACCUGCACAACCUGCAACUACAUCCUCCACAUCAAAUGUUCCGAAAUGCCUCAGCAAAUCACACAUCCGUUUGACCAAGGCCAUUGCCUCACUCUCAACCCAAUCCCCAUCUACCCCGAAGGCUGUUUCAAGUGUGAUGCUUGUGGGUUGCAGGGUAAUUCAUUCUCCUACCAUUGCAAAGCUUGUAACGUUGACCUUCACAUGCUCUGCGCCGCGAUGCCAUUGAUUCUCACUCACCAAUCUCACCAUCACCAGCUCAACCUCACCUUCUCACCUCCUUACCUUAACAAGGGCUUUUCUUGUGAUAUAUGCAGGAACGCAGGGUCCAACCACUGGCUCUACCGUUGCAACAUUUGCGAGUUUGAUGCACAUCUGAAUUGUGCAACGACGAAGCCAAGAGGUCCGGUUCAAGCUCAUCCAAGUCCAAUACAAGCAAUUCAGAUGCAACAAGCUCAUCCAAGUCCAAUACAAGCAAUUAUGAUGCAACAGCCAGUUCAAGCUCAUCCAAGUCCAAUACAAGCAAUUCAGAUGCAACAGUGCCAAACUAGACUAGGCGUCCCUAGUACUCAUCAGGUUCAUGUUCUUGGGACCCAAUACACAGCAAGGCCUAAUUUGCAGAAUUGCGUACCAAAUACUUUAUAUGCAAACAACACAAGUGUUUAUGGACAACCGAAUUGCAUACCAAAUAAUUUGUAUGCCAAUCCAGGUGUUUAUGGACAAAAUGGAAGAAAUGGACAGGGAAGUGUGUUGCUGAACCAGGUGAUGCAGGGUUUAGUUAGUGGUGCUUCUGAGGCUGCAGGUCAGAUUUUGGUGCAGGGAUUAAUGGGUAUUGGUGGAGGCGGUGGCGGUGGCGGCGGCGGCGGUGGCGGAGGUGGUAACUUGUUUCAGGGGUUUAUUGGUGGAGGCAAUGGUGGCGGAGUUGAUGGUGGUGGUGGUGGUGGUGUGGAUGUUUCUGCUGGUGGAAUUGAUGGGGGUUUUUUUUCUGCAUUUGACACUAGCUGAAAUGGUGCAUGUGAUGAGAAAAAAAUCAAUUGUUAAUGAAAAAAAAAAAAAAUGGUGUGUUGUUUUGUAUUGUAACAAGUUUGUGUUUAUUUUUCCUUCAUGUUAAUAAGGUUGGGCUAAUCAUGAAUCAAAAUCAUUCAUGAUAUAGGUUCAUCCCAGGUUUAAAUGUUGUAUCUUUUCAUUUUUGAAAAUUUGCAAUUUGUGAUUGGAAUUCUUAUGUGUUCUUUAAAAUAAAAUUGGAUUCGUUUGACUU